GCAACCCUACUAGAACUCUUGGAACAUGUGUUCCAUGAUAUAAGAGCCGUUAUAAAGUGUGUAUGGAUUCGUUUCAUUACGUUUUGUAGUAUUGGAUUCACUUUGCGACUAGCUGGCUCGGUCUUAGAGAUAAUUUUUUAGCCUACUUUCCCGACUUCGGCAAUUGGACUUGAUCUUUGGGAAUGUCCUGGUUAUUUGGAGUUAACAAAGGAGGUUUGGAUGCUCCAAUCAUCCCUCCAUUUCCACCAACUGGCAGUGGAGGUGGCCAGGGUCCUGGUGAUGAUGGCUCUAAGGAUGAAUCCAAAGAUCCCCCAAAAGCUUGGUCCAACUUUGACCCAACUGGCCUCGAGCGAGCUGCUAGAGCUGCAAGGGACCUUGACAAAUCACCAAAUGCACACUCAGCUCUUGAGCUUUCAAAACUACAAGAGUUAAGCAAACAAGCAGAAUUUCAAGCAAAGACAAAGGAAAAUGAAGCUGCAUUUGAGCAGAUUAAAAGUGAUCGAGUUAGAGUUGAGCAAGAAGAAAAGAGAAAGACUUUGCAGUCUGAAACCCAGCAACAUAACCAGAGAGCACAAUACCAAGAUCAGUUGGCAAGGAAAAGGUAUGAAGAUCAACUUCAACAACAGAGAAGAGUAAAUGAAGAGAAUCUUGCAAAGCAAGAAGAAUCUGUCAAGAAACAAGAAGCAAUGAGACGAUCUACCGUGGAAUAUGAAGCAGAGCUUCGCCACAAAAAUGAAAUGAAGAAAUUAGAAGCUAAAAUGCGGGCACAAGCUGCCAUUGAACGUGAGAACAAAGAUGUGCGAUUGGAGCAGAUUCGUUUGAAAGCCACAGAACAAAGAGAAACUGUUUUGCAAUCAAUCAAAACUGCUGGCAGUAUAUUGGGUGCAGGAGCAUCAGCAUUUCUCUCUGACUGGGACAAGAUAUCCACAACUGUUGCUGGACUUACUCUUUUGGCCAUCGGUGUUUACACGGCCAAAAGUGGAACUGGAGUGGCAUCAAGAUUUAUCGAGGCACGUUUAGGAAAGCCGUCUUUGGUUAGAGAUACUUCAAGAAUGACUCUCUUUACGGCAAUGCGUCAUCCAGUCAAGGCAGUUAAGAAAAUGUUUGUGAAACCAGAAGAUGCUCUCAAGGGAAUCAUCCUCAAGCCCACCUUGGAAGAGCGGCUUCAUGAAAUUGCCCUGGCAACUGCCAACACUAGGACAAAUAAAGGACAUUAUAGAAACCUAUUGUUUUAUGGGCCUCCUGGCACCGGAAAAACGAUGUUCGCAAAGAGCCUGGCUUAUCAUUCUGGCUUAGAUUAUGCAAUUAUGACAGGCGGAGAUGUUGCACCCAUGGGACGUGAUGGUGUCACUGCUAUGCACAAGGUAUUUGACUGGGCCUCCACGAGCAGGAAAGGGCUGCUGUUGUUUGUUGAUGAAGCGGAUGCUUUUCUUCGAAGACGUAGCACGGAGCAUAUCAGUGAGGAUCUAAGAAGCACUUUGAACGCAUUUCUAUAUAGAACAGGCGAAGCUUCUCGAAAGUUUAUGUUGGUGUUAGCAAGUAACCAGCCUGACCAGUUUGAUUGGGCCAUCAAUGAUCGCUUAGACGAGAUGGUAGAGUUCAAACUGCCUGAUGCAGAGGAAAGGGAGAGACUCGUUAGAAGAUACUUCGAACAAUAUAUUUUAAAUGCUGCAACCAGAGGAUGGCGAUCUACGAGAAUAAAAGUGGCAGAUUUUGACUUCAAUGAAAAGUGUAAAGAAAUAGCCUUGGACACUGAAGGUCUUUCUGGCAGAGAAAUUGCAAAAUUAGGAAUUGCGUGGCAGGCCAGCACAUACGCUGCUGCUGAUGGCACUCUAACUGAAGAAAUUUUAGACGCACGUGUUAAAGAAAUGAUUAGCCAGCACAAACAGAAGGUGGACUGGUUGAGGGAUGACAGUCAAUCGAACAAAUCCUAUAUGAAUCCAGAUUUGCAUCUUUCGUAGAACAUAUGAAUGAAAAUAGCCAUAUUUAUGUUUUCAAUCGUUAAUGAAAGUGUGUCCGGAUGUUGUUAAAAAGUUACUAUUUUUGCGCGGCUACCAAAUAAUUUUAUUUUUUUUAAUCGCGGUUGCAGUUUCAAUUAUAAAGCUUCUUUUUGAUUUAGAAUCAAAUGGUCUAGACGAAUACAUUAA